AAUGGAUAAGAACUAGGUUUUGAGUAGAAGCUUCUGGGUUCUUUGGAUGUCCUAUACCUGUACUAACCCCAUCAAUAUCAUCAACGUCGAGCUUUUAGUUGCUUGAAAAUUGUUCACAGAAAACACAAAAAAGUAAGACCGGAGAAAAGAAACAAAAACAAUGGCAGCUGAUAGCAUAUUUGGGUACCCGUUCAGGCGCCUACUCUGGAGCCCUCGUUUCCGUGAAUGGUCAGGAUCAACGGCCCACAUGGACUGGCUUGAAUCCCCUAAUGCCCACAUAUUCAAGAUCAAUGUUCCAGGUUUUAGAAAAGAGGACAUAAAAGUGCAGAUAGAAGAAGGGAACAUUUUACAGAUAAAAGGGGAAGGCGGGAAAGAAAGAGAGGAGGCUCAUGCAGCAAAAGACACUGUUUGGCACGUCGCGGAGAGGGGGACGGGAAAAGGAGACUUUUCUCGGGAAAUCGAGUUGCCGGAAAAUGUGAAGGUGGAUCAGAUAAAAGCUCAGGUUGAGAAUGGUGUUCUCACUAUUGUUGUCCCAAAAGAUUCGACCCCCAAACCAUCCAGAGUGCGAAACAUCAAUAUCACUAGCAAGCUCUAAGCAUAUGCAUAUGUAUGUUAUGUCAUAUAUAUGGUUCAAAAAUAAUGCUUUGAAUGUGUAAUGCAUUGUGAUACAACAUGUAACAAGGAGUAUAAUAUAUGCUGUCGUUAGAAAUUAA